ACGGAACAUUCAGUUUUAAGACAUUUCAUCCGUUUCUUUCUCUCGCCCUCUCGCUAUCCAUCUGACUGGUCAUUGACGUCGAUGACUACCACGAUCACGGCGACUUUCACAACGAUAAUAAUAAGUUUGGUAGAUAAAUCCCUCACCUCAGAUUCAUCAAAUCUUGGAGCUUAAUUUAGGGUUUGAUCCAAGCCAAAUGGGGUUCAUCUUGUUCGCCGGGAGACUUCUCUUUGCUUCUCUCUUCAUACUAUCUGCUUAUCAACUGUAUCAUGAAUAUGGAACAGAUGGAGGGCCAGCUGUAAAGGUUCUUGAACCAAAACUUGAUGUGUUCACUAAAUUGAUUGCUUCUAAAGCUGGCAUACAAAUUCCUGAAAUUGAUACGAAACAUGUAGUUUCAGCAGUGAUUGUUCUUAAAGGCUUUGGUGGAGUUGGCUUCAUAUUUGGUAGCUAUGCUGGUGCCAUUUUACUGGUUCUGCAUCAGCUUGUUUUUACACCCGUGUUGUAUGAUUUCUACAACUAUGAUGUUGAAGAUGCAGAAUUCGGUCAACUUUUUACUAAAUUCACACAGAAUAUGGCUUUGCUUGGAGCUUUAUUAUAUUUCAUAGGAAUGAAACACUCGAUAUCAUUGCGUCAACAAAGAAAGGUUCCCAAGACAAAAACAGGCUAAUCACUCCUUAGAUGCAUAAGAAUCCUUUAAUCUAUGUAUGAUUAUCUUAGAAAAAUCAUGUCCAUUUGUAUUUGUAUUUUUUAUUUUAUUUUAUAGGGACUACAUUAGUUGGGGUUCAUUUUUUCUUAUUUAAACUUGAUACCCUUUUAAUGUGAGGUUGAUUAUUCAUUGCCGUAUCAUGCAAAUUAACUUUUCGACUGAUAGUAUUGUAUGGUGACUUGAGAUAUUUCAUAUUUGUUUGGCUG